CUGUGCUAAAGUUUUGUUCCUUCUUACACAAGAGAGCAUCACAAAAGGCUAGCUCUUUUACACUAGGGAAAUGACCUUUUCUUAUGAAAGAGUGGCUUUUCUUGGCUUCUUUUUCUCUCUCCACCUUCAGAACUGUUCUCUGAUUUCAGCCAUCCGGUUCUAGGCUUAGGAAGGCGUCUCUCCACUGUAUCCAUGCUUUCUGUCUGCCAUCCAGUGUUCGUCGCAAAUUGUGCGCAUGGUCAGCCCCUCAACGGAAGCUAACCAAUCUGUAAGGCCACAGUCUCAGUCUCUCAGAAGUUUGAGGAUCAUGAUGAUUCAAAAAUGCUGUUUGUAGACAUUGAGCUGCGGAUUUGAAGAUUGUCCAAGAAUCUGAUGGCAGAAAUAAGCCACCCUCCACAGGAGCAACUAACAGACUUGGCAUUCUGCAUUGAUUCAAAUCCUCCAUGGGAUCAUGUAAUAAUUCUGGCAUUUCAGCAUUACAUUGUGAUGCUAGGAACUUCUGUGAUGCUGCCAUCGUUGCUGGUCCCCCUCAUGGGAGGAAACGAUAGUGAUAAAGCAAAUAUUAUACAGACCUUAUUGUUCGUCGCUGGUAUCAAAACACUCCUACAAACAUUGUUUGGAACUCGUCUGCCAACAGUUCUUGGUGGUUCAUAUGCUUUCGUGAUACCCAUCGUGACCAUCAUUAGGGAUUCAACACUACAAAGAAUUCCUGAUCCAAACAUUCGGUUCUUGCAUACAAUUCGAGCAGUCCAAGGAGCAAUGAUAAUUGCCUCAAGCUUGCAGAUAAUACUUGGGUUCAGCCAGAUAUGGGGAAUAUUUUCACAAUAUUUCAGUCCAUUAUCCAUGUCUCCUGUCAUCUGCUUGCUUGGUCUCGGCCUACUUGAUCACGGCUUUCCAGUGGUGGGCAAUUGUGUGGAAAUUGGCAUACCCAUGCUUAUUACAGUCAUUGUCUUAUGUCUGCGCCUGAAAAAUAUCAAAACAUGGAAAGAUGAACCUGUGUUUGAGAGGUUUAGUGUUCUUCUAAGCAUUAGCAUUAUAUGGGCAUAUGCUCAACUGUUAACUGCUGCUGGAGCGUACAGACAUGCAUCGGAGAAAACUCAAGCCCACUGUUGCACAGACAAAGCUCGUCUGAUAUCCUCUGCUCCAUGGAUCAAAUUUCCUUAUCCUCUACAAUGGGGUGCGCCUACUUUUAAUGCAGGUCAUACUUUUGCUAUAAUGGCUGGGGUGCUGGUUUCCCUGAUGGAGUCGACAGGCUCUUAUAUUGCAGCAUCAAGAUUUGCCAUGGCCACUCCACCUCCUGCACAUGUUCUUAGUCGUGGAAUAGGCUGGCAGGGCAUAGGCGUAUUGCUUGAUGGGCUAUUUGGAUCCUUCACUGGCUCCACAGUGUCUGUGGAGAAUAUUGGCCUUCUUGGGUUAUCUCGGGUUGGAAGCCGCAGGGUAGUCCAAGUGUCAGCUGGAUUCAUGAUCUUAUUCUCAGUCUUAGGAAAAUUUGGGGCAGUUUUUGCAUCUAUACCUUUCCCAAUAUUUGCCGCACUUUACUGUGUCCUAUUUGGUCUGCUAGCUUCACUUGGACUGUCAUUCCUUCAGUUUACCAACAUGAAUUCGAUGAGGAAUAUGUUCAUAUCUGGACUCUCCUUGUUUCUGGGCUUAUCAAUUCCCCAGUAUUUUAACCAAACCUGGCUUUCAACUCGACACGGUCCUGUUCACACUAAGGCAAGCUGGUUCAACUGCAUCCUUAACACACUGUUCUCUUCCCCGCCAAUUAUCGCAUCGAUAGUUGCUAUCUUCUUGGACAACACAAUUGAUGUUGACAUGUCAGAGAAAGAUAGAGGAAUGCCAUGGUGGGCAAAGUUCAGAAGUUUCAGAGGAGACACUAGGAAUGAAGAAUUUUAUACGUUACCAUGUAAUCUUAACAGGUUUUUUCCACCAGGAUGAAAGUUGUAAGGCUGAUUUCCCAGUUCACAGAAAGCAAUCUCUUGCUCCUACUUGAAUAUCUUGUUCAGUCAAUUGAAAUGAAAGAGAUCCCUGCUUACA